AUGUCCGACGAAACAGCCGAUAUCUUGUACGAAGUCAGAGAUAGAACUGCUAUCAUCACUUUCAACAUUCCUUCCAAAUUAAAUGCGUUAAAUGGUGAGCAAUACUUAAAGUUGGGUAAAUUCAUGGAAAGAGCCAACGAAGAAGAAGGUACAGUUAUGACUUUGAUUCAAUCUACAGGUAGAUUUUUCUCUGCUGGUGCCAACUUUGCUGACAACAGAUUGAUGGAGGUUGAUCCCCAAGUGUUAUUUAGUCACGAAUAUUGGUUAGGAGGAUUUGUUGCAAGAAACGUUUGGUUGACCAACUUGUUCAAUGACCACAAGAAGAUUUUGGUCGCUGCAGUCAAUGGUCCCUCCAUUGGGUUGAGUACUGGGUUGUUGUUGUUGGUUGAUUUGGUCUACGUCAACGACUUGAGCAAAUUCUAUUUAUUAGCACCAUUUGCAAACUUGGGUUUGGUUGCUGAAGGUGCCGCUUCUGCCACUUUGUUUGCCAGGUUAGGAUGGUCCAAGGCAUCAGAAGCUUUAUUAUUGGCCAAGCCAAUCAGUGGUGCAGACUGUUACAACGUUGGGUUCAUCAACAAACACUACAACGGUAAGUUCAAAUCUACUGAAGAGUUCAACCAACAGGUUUACAAGGAAGUAACUGACGCCUUUGAAAACUUGCACGAAGACUCGAUCCUUCAAAACAAGCAAUUGUUAAAGUUGAACAGAGAUCAAUACAUAAACCAUGCCAAUUCACAAGAAGUCAUGAGAGGUUUGGGCAAAUGGUUAGAAGGUGUUCCACAAACAAGAUUUGCUCAGUUGGCAACCAAGGAUGUUAAACACAAGAUUUAG